AUGAACCCAUCGUCAGAAAAAUCGUGGCAUCUCGACGAUCCUGCUUCAGAUGCCGUCGAGCCUAUUGCAAUAAUUGGUAUUGCUGCCAGAUUUGCAAAGGAUGCUCUUUCAAUGGAAGAUCUUCGGGACAUUUUGCUAGAGGCCCGUUCUACAUGGUCUCCCAUUCCAAAGGAACGAUUCAACUCCGAGGCAUUUUAUCAUCCAGAUCCUGAACAUGGAGGCACGCUCCAUGUCCAGGGAGGGCACUUCCUCGCUGAGGACCCUGCCCAGUUUGAUUCGUCCUUCUUCAACAUUACAAAAAAUGAGGUGCUCACGUUGGACCCACAACAGAGGCUGGUGAUGGAAAACGUGUAUCAUGGUCUCGAGAAUGCCGGCGUCCCCUUGGCCCGUGCGAUCGGAUCCAAUACAUCAGUAUUCGUCAGUGGGUUCAAUCAUGACUAUUUGGGGAUCCUCAACUCAGAUCCCGAGACGACCGUAAAGUACAAGCCUACUGGUGCCUCGAAUUCGAUUAUUUCGAACCGGGUCAGUUGGUUUUUCGAUUUUAAAGGACCCAGUAUGACUAUUGACACGGCUUGUUCGAGUAGUCUGGUUGCUCUGCACCUGGCUGUCCAGAGCCUACGAUCCCGUGAGACAACCAUGUCUGUUGUGAGUGGCGUGAGUAUACUUGAAAACCCGCUCGAGACCACUGGUCACAGCCACCAUGGUCUUCUUGGUGCCCAAGGCCGCUCCUUCAGCUUUGACGCUCGUGCUGAGGGAUAUGCUCGUGGUGAAGGGGUUGGCACUGUGAUAUUAAAACCUCUAGUAGAUGCGAUAAGAGAUGGAGAUGUGAUUCGCGCAGUGAUCCGUGAAUCAGGUGUCAACCAAGAUGGUCGGACAUCCGGGAUUACUCUUCCUAGUGGCGAGGCCCAAGAAUCUCUGAUACGAAAAGUCUAUGAGCGAGCUGGUCUGACUAUGCAAGAUACCCGGUUUGUUGAAGCUCAUGGGACUGGAACCCGAAUCGGUGAUCCCAUCGAAGUGAAAGCACUUGCGAAGGCAUUUGAGUGUCAACGAGAUGGGCCUUUGCAUAUCGGGUCACUAAAAUCAACUCUUGGCCAUACGGAAGGAUGCUCUGGUGUGGCAAGCCUCGCGAAAGCCAUCCUGAUCCUUGAGUCCGGUAUUAUCCCCGCGAACCACGAUUUGCAGGAGGUGAAUCCUGAGAUUUUGGCGAAGGAAUGGAAUAUUGACUUCCCUUCGGAAAGCAUCCCUUGGCCCACUUCUGGUCUCCGAAGAGUUUCAGUUAAUUCAUUCGGAAUUGGAGGGACAAAUGCACACUGUAUCCUUGAUGAUGCUUACCAUUAUCUUGAUGAGCGUGGCCUCGAAGCUUCACACAACACUAGCACCGUAAUUCGUCCAUUUAAACCACUGCACGGUCAACUUUCACUUCUUCCCGAAGCUGAUGGGGGUUUGAACAUGUCGCUUACUGGGUUUGAAUCUGACAGCGAUGAUACCGAGGUCGACUUUAGUGAAACACCCAUCGCUCAGACACCCCUCGUCCAGAGCGGUGCAACAACUCCUUUGAUCAAGCCAGUCCAAGUCCGCGAAAUUCCAGAAGUGCCAAUGGAAAAUCAACAACUUUUCCUUCUCACUGCAUUUGACGAAGAUGGCGUUAAGCGCAUUGCAUCUUCGUAUGCCUGUUAUGUCAAAAAGCGGAAUGCUUUUGGAGCGCAAAGCAGCAACCUACUGAGAAAUCUAUCCUUCACAACUUCGACACGGCGCUCCAAGUUUUCUUGGAAGAGCUUCUUAAUGGCCUCCACUGCCAAAGAACUCGAGUGGAAUUUGGUGGAGGGGAAUUUCACAAAACCGACCAGGGCGGAGUUGCCCCCAGACGUCUGUUUCGUCUUUUCCGGACAGGGAGCGCAGUACAGCGCAAUGGGGAAAUCGCUUUUCAAAUACCAAGUAUUCAGACGUGCAAUGGAGGAGGCUUCCGACUAUUUUCAAAGCCUUGGAAGUGGCUGGUCACUGCUUGUGGAACACGCAGCAAUUGAGUCACAGUCAAAGGUUGACUCUCCUGAGAUCGCACAGCCGCUCUGCACUGCACUUCAGGUCGCCUUGGUCGAGCUUCUAGCUAGCUGGGGAAUAUCUCCGACACGAGUGGUUGGCCAUUCAUCAGGUGAGAUUGCAGCGGCCUAUUGUUCUGGCAAAAUUUCGCGUGAAGCUGCAUGGAAGGUCGCCUAUCUUCGAGGAGCUCUUUCGUCUAGACAGCAGUCAGCAAAUGGAGCAAUGAUGGCCGUACGUCUGGAGGAGUCGAAAUUGAACCGCCAUAUCGAAUCCGUCCGGGAAAGACUCCAAGGCGAACUUAGGAUUGCAUGUUCCAACAGUCCUACAAACAACACCGUCUCAGGCUGCGCAGCUCUUAUUGACGAGUUAAAGGCCAUACUGGAUAACGACGGCGUGCUCGCGCGGAAACUCAAGGUUCGAAAUGCUUAUCAUUCAUCGCAUAUGGAAAGUAUUUCAAAUGAAUACCUCGAGCUUAUGGGAAGCUUGGGCUUUGGCAGAUACCUUGUGUUACCACACCCAGUUCGUAUGUUUUCGACUCUCACCGGAGAAGAGUUAAACGAAGACCCCCUGCCGAGCAGAUACUGGGUGGAUAAUCUGGUUUCCCCUGUGCGUUUUACCGACGGCAUGAAAGGCGUUCUGUCUUCAGGACAUAUUGAGUCCGGUGGAAUCUCCAACCUUUCAUACUUUGUGGAAAUAGGACCCCAUUCGACCUUGCAAAGUGCGAUCAAAGAUACCUUGUCGUCAGAGUUUAGCAAAGGAAAGGCCAAAUACCUUGCCAUUCUGAACCGAACUGAUCCAACUUUGACCCCUUUACUUAGUUUGAUUGGCUUUCUUUCUAGCGGUGGAUACAAAAUUGACAUCCACAAAGUCAACAUGGCUUCCUGUGAGUACCCAAAUACUCAGGCUAAGCUUUUGGUUGAUCUUCCGGCGUACUCUUUCAAGCACGCAGAAAGGAUACUUUACGAAAGUCGACUGAGCAAAAAUCUUCGCUUUCGCAAGUUCCCGCGUCAUGAUCUUUUCGGCGCUCCUGUAAUGGAUUGGGAUGCCAAUGCACCACGUUGGAGACAUUUCGUGAGACUGGAAGAAAAUCCCUGGAUAAGGCACCAUGUGAUUGCCGGGAACCAUGUUUACCCAGGUGUAGGCUAUCUCGUGAUGGCAAUUGAAGCUUCGCGGCAGUUGGUUGGGGAGAAGGCCAUAACUGGUUUCCACCUACGCCAAGUCUCCAUUCGUCGAGCAAUGAUUAUUCCGGACACCAAGCAGGGAAUGGAAGUCUGCGUCUCAAUGUCGACCGAAUCCUCCUCUGAGCUCAGGGUUUGGCGCCGGUUCAAUGUCAGUUCGUACAAUGAGGCAAGUGAGCACUGGACAGUGCACUGUACUGGUCUCAUCUCGGUUGAUGAAAGCUCAUCGGACGACCCCUUGAGCAAUUCUCAAGAAAUCAAAACCGAAGCCCAAGAAUUGCGACGCAGGUAUAACAGUGUUCACAAGACCUGCAACCGUCCGAUAAAUUUCUCGAAUUCGUACGACGCGCUUCGAAAAUCGGGGUUGGAGUUUGGUCCACUAUUCCGCAAUCUUCACGAUGUGCGGCUCACAGACUGCCAGUUGGGGCAGAUGACUGGCCUGGUGACUGUUCCCGAUAUUGCAGAGUCUAUGCCAAAGCACUACGCGCAUCCGCACCUAAUUCAUCCCGCCACAAUGGAUAGCAUGAUCCACAUGAUGAUCGCAGCUGUGAUGGAUUUCACUAGGAAGCCUUCCCUCAAAAAUAUCAGACUUCCAACAUUCAUCCGCGAUAUGUGGGUAUCUGCCGAUUUGAACUCUACUCCUGGUCAUAGAUUCGAGGGAUGUGCAUCGGUACAACCCUCAACCUCUGAGAAAUUUGAAGGUCAAAUACGAAUUUUCGAUUCCAGUUCCAAGGCUCAUUGUAUUUACAUGAGUGACAUUGAGCUCACACCACUCGACAAGGACAUGGAAGAUGCUCCUGGGUGUCAGGUUUGCAACACAAUUGAAUGGAAGCCAGAUGUUAAUUUCCUGGACUCGGAGACAGCAUGCACGCUGGCUCAGAUCCAAGUCUGCCCCACAGACUACGAUGAGGAAUUAUUGUGGGUAAAGCGUCUCCAGUUGGUCACCAUGAUAUCUGUCAUCGAGGCAUUGAGCACGCUGGGGGAAAUUGAUACUGAGACCCUACAACCUCAUCUCCGCAAGUUCUUUAACUGGAUGCAGCAUAUACAAGGGAAUCUUUUAAGUGACAAGAUCAUUCAUCUGUCGCUUGUCGAGUUUGAAACAUGCUUGCAUGACAAGCUCCUGAGAGACGCUAUUUUUGAAGAAGUUGCAAAUCAGAAUGCGACAGGCGCACUGACGGUUCGAAUGGGACGAAAUAUUGCGUCUGUUAUACGACAGGAGGAAGAUCCACUGCAUUUGAUGUUCGAUGAAGAUCGCCUGAUGGAACAGUUAUACAACGAGAUCAUUCGUCUAGACAAUCUGCCUCAAUACCUUAGAAGCCACCUGUCUUUGAUUCGCCAUCAAAAGUCUCAGUUGCAAAUUCUGGAAGUUGGCGGGGGGGACUGGAAGUUUGACUGCGGAGCUUUCUUCAGAAAGGCUCAAGAUAGAUUCCACCUCUGGAAAGAAAUUAUGAAGUUUGAAGUCUUCAAUCUUGAAGAAGAGCCUGCUGCUCAAGGUCUCGAGGCCAACUCCUACGAUCUAAUCUUUGCUGGGAAUGUGAUCCAUGCCACCUCUGAUCUUACUGCAACAUUGCGGAGACUGCGGUCGUUACUUCGUCCUGGAGGACAGCUAAUCAUGCAAGAAGGAGUAAGACAAGACUUUCUAUGGUACCCAGUUGCAUUCGGUCAACUUCCCGGUUGGUGGCUUGGAGACGAGCCCAUUCGAAGAUGGUGCCCCUAUAUUCCCGUUUCCGCCUGGGAGCCACUACUCGUUGACUCAGGCUUCUCUGGUGUUGACAUCGAGUAUCCCUCUUCCGAAAAUAUUGAUAUGAGCUGGCAAAGUAUCAUAAUUUCCACCGCUCUCGAAUAUGUGAAGCAGACGCCACAGAAUGUUUAUAUUGUAUCCUCCGGACCAAAAACACUCGACAUCGCCGAUUGUAUAACCCAGAUUCUUGAGGACGCUGGAACAUAUAACACUAUCACGUUAAAACUCAACGAGCUUGCUCACUUUUCUUUACAAGGCUCCAUGUGUAUAUUCCUCGCCGAUAUCGAGAGCCCAACUUUCACGGCCAUUGAGAAUAACGAGUACAACGCACUAAAAAACAUGUUGAUGAGUUGUGAAAACUUGCUUUGGGUUACUCCGGACUCAAGUGAAUUGCCACUUGCGAGUAUUUGCUUGGGUCUACUCCGCACCAUUCGUUCGGAAAGAGAUUCUGACGGUUCAAACAUUGUCACUCUUACAGUUUCAGACUGUCAGCAUGUCCCGCCCGAGGAUGUGGCAGUCUGGACUUGUGGGAUUGUUAAGCAUCAGUUCACCAACAACGAAAGGGAUGAUAGACACGCUGAAUACUUGCUACGGGACGACAUCAUUCAUAUUGGUCGACUUCGAACAUUCGAUGCUGCGAACAAUUUUUUGGCCUUGCAAUCUGAAGCCCCUCCACCCGACCUGCUACGCAUCAAUGAUAUCCAGCGCCCCGUUUGCUUGGAGAAGUUCGCGCCCGGAAUCGAUCCACGUUGGAUCACUGAUCUCCAGCACUUCAAUCCACUACCCGAAACCCAGAUCCUAGUUGAGAUUCGUGCCAUUGGUGUGACUUCAAGCUUUGAUAGCCUGAAUAUACCUAUCGAGGCGGCUGGCAUUGUCACCAAGGUCGGACCCGCAGUGAAAGGCCUGACCACCGGCGACAAGGUGGUUUUACUGGUCAGUAGCACUGGUGAUAAGUCUUUCCAGACUUUUGCGCGAAUUGAAGAGGCGGUUGCUAUCAAGAUAGCAGAUAAUAUCCCCCUGGAGACUGCUGCCAGUCUGCCAGCAGCUUUUGUCACUGCAAUAUAUGGCCUCGGACACGUUGCGAAGCUAUCUUCCAGUGACACAAUCUUGAUUCAUGCUGGUGCGGAUGUUUAUGGUCAAGCUGGGAUCCAAUACGCCAAGUUGAUUGGGGCCAAUAUUUUCGCAACUGUUUCCACCGCUGAGAGCAGGGCAUUUUUGACUGAUGUGUAUGGAAUACCCGAAGCUAACCUUUUCUCUAACAAAAGUCUCGACUUUUCCAAGAGCCUCAUGAGACGUACCAAUGGUGCUGGAGUUGAUGUCAUAUUCAAUACACUUACGGGUGAAGUUCAGCAAGAGUCCUUUUCAUGCAUCAAAGAAUUUGGUCGUUUCAUAGAUGUGUCAGGAAAUACUUCCCAUCUACAUUUGACGCAGGCGCCUGCAUCAGUUCUUCGAACGCUCUCAAUUUCUAACAUUGAUCUUGAAAUCCUUAUUAGCCAUCGACCAAGUAUCGUUCGACAACUCAUUGAAGAGAUCUUCUGUUUGUACUCUGAAGGAAAGCUCAGACAGGUCCAGCCUCUCAACAUACUGCCGCUUUCUCAAAUAAAGCGCGGCAUUCAGACUCUCCAAAGCGAAGAAGCUGCUGAGAAAAUAGUUUUCGUCCCAGGCCCAGACGACCUCAUUCCCAUUGUUCCAGAACAAUUAUCUCGUUUCCAGUUCGAUGGAAAGGCGUCUUACAUUCUUGCUGGGGGCCUUGGUGGGCUGGGGCGUAGCACCGCUCUCUGGAUGGCUGCGCAAGGUGCGAAGAGUCUAAUUUUCCUGUCACGGUCGAAUAAGUACUCUGAAGCAGUAAAAAUAAUGGUUUCGGAACUUGAAAGGCUCGGAUGCGACGCUCAUAUCUUUGCCUGUGACUUGGUUGAUCGAUGUCGCCUACGCACCGUACUGGACGAUUGCCAUCGGAUACUCCCUCCCAUCAAAGGAUGCAUUCAAUGCUCCAUGGUUCUAAAAGACGCAGCCUUUGAGGGAAUGUCCCUGGAUACCUGGCAAGCUGCGAUUCAACCCAAAGUCACAGGCUCGUGGAAUUUGCACGAGCUUCUUCCGUCUGAACUAGACUUCUUCGUCAUGUUAUCCUCGGUAUCCGGGAUUUUUGGCAAUCGUGGUCAGGCGAAUUAUGCGGCAGGAAAUACAUUCCAAGAUGCGCUUGCAGCGUAUCGCAUCGCUCGUGGCAUGAAGGCGUCUGUCAUCGACCUCGGCAGUGUAUCGAAUGUCGGUUGGGUCGAGGAGAAUCUUCAAAAUGAGGCAGGCCGGCUGGGAAACCUCUAUCAAAUACUCAAAGAAAGCGAGGUCCACAGUGCGAUUGAAUUCAUGAUCGAUUCACGUCAUGACAAAGGGCAGAAUCAUGCGGGCCAGCCGGUAUCGCAACUGGUUCUUGGUCUGCCAACAGCAGAGCUAUGCCGUCAGAACGGUAUUCAGGUUCCCCCUUACCUGAAAUAUUCGCUAUUCACGCAUCAGCGCUCUACUAUAAUAGUAAGCCAGGAUGAAAUGGGCGAAGAAAAGAUAAUUAGCACUGCGGCUCUUCUAGCAUCCACAAGUACCUUUGACGAGGCAGUGGAAGUGGUGUCGGAUGGGAUUGUGCAGAAGUUUUCAGCACUUCUUGCCAUUCCGGUUUCUGAGAUCGAUGUUCAGAGAUUUGGUCUCAACAUCAUUGACUCACUGGUUGCCAUGGAAUUUCGCUCGUGGGUUAAGAAGGAGCUUAGCGCGGAUGUGUCUGUGUUGGACAUCAUGGGGGCGCAAAACAUUCGAUCGCUGAGUGAGAAGAUUGCCGAUAUCAGGAAUACGGGUUCGAGCUAA